GCAGCGAGGGCGGCGUACCCCUCGGCCGAGGCAUGGAUAACGUCCUGCCGGUGGACUACGACCUGUUCCCAAACGUCUCCAGCAACGCCUCGGAGCCCAACCAGUUCGUGCAGCCGACCUGGCAGAUUGUCCUCUGGGCGGCCGCCUACACGGUCAUCGUGGUGACCUCCGUGGUGGGCAACGUGGUGGUGAUGUGGAUCAUCUUGGCGCACAAGAGGAUGAGAACCGUCACCAACUAUUUCCUGGUGAACCUGGCCUUCGCCGAGGCCUCCAUGGCCGCCUUCAACACCGUGGUGAACUUCACCUACGCGGUGCACAACGUCUGGUACUACGGCCUGUUCUACUGCAAGUUCCACAACUUCUUCCCCAUCGCCUCGGUCUUUGCCAGCAUCUACUCCAUGACGGCCGUGGCCUUGGACAGGUACAUGGCCAUCAUCCACCCCCUCCAGCCCCGGCUGUCAUCCACAGCCACCAAGGUGGUCAUCUUUGUCAUCUGGGUCCUGGCUCUCCUGCUAGCCUUCCCCCAGGGCUACUACUCAACCACGGAGACCAUGCCCAACAGAGUGGUGUGCAUGAUCGAAUGGCCAGAACAUCCCAACAAGAUCUACGAGAAAGUGUAUCACAUUUGCGUGACUCUGCUGAUCUACUUCCUCCCCCUGCUGGUGAUCGGCUAUGCUUACACCAUAGUGGGAAUCACCCUGUGGGCCAGCGAGAUCCCCGGGGACUCCUCCGACCGCUACCACGAGCAAGUCUCUGCCAAGCGCAAGGUGGUCAAGAUGAUGAUCAUUGUGGUGUGUACUUUCGCCAUCUGCUGGCUGCCCUUCCACAUCUUCUUUCUCCUCCCCUACAUCAAACCAGAUCUCUACAUGGAGAAAUUUAUUCAGCAGUUCUACCUGGCCAUCAUGUGGUUGGCCAUGAGCUCCACCAUGUACAACCCUAUCAUCUACUGCUGCCUCAAUGACAGGUUCCGUCUGGGCUUCAAGCACGCCUUCCGGUGCUGCCCCUUCAUCAGUGCAGGAGACUACGAGGGGCUUGAGAUGAAAUCCACCCGGUACCUCCAGACCCAGGGCAGUGUGUAUAAAGUCAGCCGCCUGGAGACCACUGUCUCCACAGUGGUGGGGAACCAUGAGGAAGAACUGGAGGAGGGUCCCAAGGCCACACCUUCACCCCUGGACCUCACCUCCAAUGACUCCUCUCGCAGCAACUCCAAGACCAUGACUGAGAGCUUCAGCUUCUACUCCAACAUGCUCUCCUAGACCCCGGGGCCUUCAGCAGGGGCAACUACCAUCAUCUUUGUCUUGCUUCCCUUCAUGCAUGGGUAAUUCCUUGAUCUGGAAACCAUCUGAAAUGCCCUAACACUGGGGCUUGUGAAAAGGGUCAGAAUGGUUUAGGAAAAGCAUUCCAUUCUAGAGUCAAGAAACCUGGAUUCUUCCCUGUCAUUGCCACCCCCAUGCUGUGUGACCCAAGGCAAACCAUCAAACUUCUCUGAGCCUGUAAAAUGGGAGAUUUGACUAAAUGUUCUCCACAAUCCAUCCCAUCAUUCUAGAAUAAACUUUGGUUGCAUGUGAGCACUCAUUUCAAGAUGAAUCCUGCAAUGCAGCAACAGACCGAACUGAUCUGUUUGCCUGGAGCCUCUGUCUUACUUCAAUAAAGUCGUUCUCAGUCAUGCUCAGAUUACCCUCCUUUAGCUGGUGGACGUCUUCACAUGACAGGGUGAACAAAAGAAGGGACCACAGAAAGUCUGAAUGAGAAAUUUAACCUUGUUUUCCAUGCACUUCUGAAAAGGAGACAAAGUCUGCCCCUUUUUGGCAUCUCAAUAUUUUAGGACAUUUAAACAUCAUGGAAUUGAGAGCCUCAGAUUCAUCUGCAUUAUGUCCCUGGUGACUGUCCCGAGCAACUGAUGCAGUCAGAAUGUGUCCAUGGAUACCAGCUGACGUCAGCCAUGGACCAAGAGUCAGGAGAGCUGUGCCAUACUUCAUCUGUCUGAGCCUCUCUUUCCUUAUUUGUAAAACUAUGGAACUGAAAUUUUA